UGUCGUCCUCCCUUUCCCAGAAUCCCUCUGGGCAGCAGCUUGUUGCCGGGACGGGCUAAUGGCGUGGUCCCUGACCCGCUGGGCGGGAGGGACGCUAUGGCGCUGCGCAGCCCGGGUCGGUAGGAGCUUCUCCUUGGGUGUCCCUGAGGCGGCCCCUGUGAGAACAACCCUUCCGCCCCCAAAAGUGGUGGAUCGAUGGAAUGAGAAGAGGAGCAUGUUUGGGGUGUAUGACAACAUCGGGAUUCUGGGAAAUUUUGAACGGCACCCCAAGGAUCUGAUUAAGGGGCCCAUAUGGCUCAGGGGCUGGAAGGGGAAUGAAUUGCAGCGAUGUAUCCGUAAGAAGAAAAUGGUGGGAGAUCGCAUGUUUCUGCAGGACUUACACAACCUGAACAAGCGGAUCAGAUACCUCUACAAACAGUUCAAUAGAAAGGGGAAGCACCGAUAGAGGAGAAGGCUAGAAAUGAUAGAAAUGCCCAUACCCCACCUAGAAUCUUUCAGAACACUUUUGGGUAGGGAAACUUCUUGGUGUGGAGAAAGCCCUUUGUAAAGUGUUUAUAAUAAAAUUGGUUGCCUAGGCA